AUGGCCAGCGAUGCACGUAAAGUGCGCAAAGUGACACGCGCUUGCGAUGCUUGCAAAGCGAAGAAAAAGGCGUGUACAGGCACGCUCCCCUGUGGCCCUUGCGCGCAGCGGCGGAUGCCAUGCACCUACAAUGCGGCUUACAACAGAGGCGUUGCCGUGAGCCCACUUUCCUCCGGCCAUCAAAUAAAGAGGCCAAGCUCGGCAAGCUCCAAUGCAGAUAUCAACCAACCCCAGACCAUUGGCAGAUCUCGAUAUCAGCACUAUGCAAUAGAGUCCCCUUCGGAGAGUUGGGUUCAACCACCAAGCGCUCACAUAUCUCCAGCCCCUGCCUUCGCGCGCACUGCAUCAGGGACCCCUGCCGACCCGCCAAAUGAAUCAGAAUCGUCAAAUAUCGCUCCUCAAUAUUGGGGGCCAACCUCGGCGCAUUCGUUUCUUGGCCGCGUGGUUCAAGACCUGCCCUCAACACCAUCAAAAACAUUGGCCCAGCAACGGGAGCGAGGCACGUCAUCCAGUGUCUCGAUCUUCUCUUUUGGGGACCGGGUCACUCCCAAUGGCUUAGCCGAAUUUGAAUGGCCUGGUCGGAGAACCGCGGACAUCUUGGUCCGACGAUAUUUUGACUUCGCAUCCCCGACCUAUCGAGUUCUUCAUCAGCCAACAGUCGAACUACUGGUUCAUGACCUAUUUCGAGGCGGUAACGUUGCAAGAGAAACCUCGCUCCCCACUGCAACUCGGGCGACUCUGCUCCUGAUAUUCAGUAUUGCGACAAUGUUUCAGCCAGACUCGGAAGGGCAUAUCACAGAUGCUGACACGUCUGGUUGGCAAACAAGUGAGACGUAUUACACACAGGCAGAUGCUCUUCUGUCACAUGAAACGGGCGCACCAAGUCUGGCCUCGGUACAAGCGCGCUUUCUGAUGGUCCUCUAUCUUCUAAGCUCGUCGCGGGCUCACAAAGCGUGGUUUACAUUUGGUACGACAGUUCAGCUGAUGAUGGCCUUGGGAUAUCAUAGUAAGCGGCCACGGCUGGGAACUGAUGAGGAGGAUUUGAUACAGAAGGAAUGUCAACGUCGCGUCCUCUGGUGCUCAUAUACAUUGGACAAAUACCUCAGUGUUAUUUUGGGCCGGCCCCGUCUUUGGCAAGAUGAGGACCUGGACGAAGAUCUCCCUGAUCGAAUCAACGAUCAAGACCUAAGCCGGCACGAAAAAAGAAUGUCUAAGCGGGAUUGUCUGAUGGAUGCCCCUGUGUUUCAUACCAUGCUGGCUCGCAUCCUUACGCAGGCCGCCAAAGAACCGUAUGUAGUCACAGGUGUCUCUACUAAAGCACAAAUUGAUAUUAUUCGACUCUUUUGUGGGAGAGUCGCCGAGUGGCAGGCCGAGUUACCGGCGUUUCUAUCAGGCAUUAUUCAGCCAGAUAGCUUAGUCCCUGGAUUGAGACGCCAACUCACAGUUUUGCAGCUAGCGCGGUACCACGCAUUGCUAUUCAUUACUCGGCCUCUACUACUCCGGAACUAUGGUCAGACCUGGCCUGAAUGCGAAGCAAGUUGCCAAUACUACCUCAGCUUGUGCUUGACGGCAGCACGAGACGCAAUUGAGUUGAUUCUCACUUUUGUCCAGGAGAAGCAACUUUUCCAGUCUUUCUGGUACUCUCAAUAUAUCGCCUUCAAUGCGUUGUCGAUAAUCUACCUUUACCUGAUCCAAGUCCAAAGAGGCCGAAUUUCGCCAGUCAAUCUCCGCUUUGUCUCAAGCCAGGAUGUCCCCUUUGACUCCCCAUUGGACGAAUCCACGCUCUACAGAUUAUCGGAGACCGCACAGGCCCACCUUGCCGAUGCCACUGUUCGUAAUGCGCCACCGUGGAGAUAUAGCAUUAUACUACAGGGUCUGCGGCGAGAAUUGACAAAGUCAUACCCGUCCGCCCCGAGUCAUACUGACAUCUAUCCUGACAAUCACAGCAGCCAACAUGGCGCUACUGCUGACCGUGAUAUUUCUCCUUCUACUGCACAUCAACGUGAUAUGAUUGCUUUUGCGCAAGCUGAGCAGAAUGGAUCAGCUAUGCAAGAAAUAUUAUCAACGCAGGAGGACGACGGAGCAGGUGGCGUAUCUGGUCUUGACAAUGAUGCUCAGCUUUUCCUACUUGAUCCGCAAACCGAAAUCUUAUUGGACAAUCUUGCGACCGAUGAGGACUUGGUUCUUGAUUUCUGGCCACAGUUUGACAGCCUGCCUAUCUCUUAUCUUGGGUAAGAGGUGGUCAUUUAUUGACGACCAGCCAUUUCAGCCCAAAUUACACGUUCGAACUCUUCG